CUGACUACAAAAGUAUGAAUAUUUCGGCUCGUGGUCAAGAUGUCCGAUGACCAGAUGAAAGCUAUCUUGGAUUUUUCUAGAACGAAUUGCGCUUUACCAAACUUAAUAUCCACUUAUGACCUUCGAUAUUCCUGCGCGCAAGUGAGAAAUCUAACGAAAAAGCGCACAAUUACAUUAUGAUGCAUGAAUACUCAUAAAUAUAUAAGAGCGUCAUCUUCGACACCCACAUGGCCAACCCGUAAAUCCUCAAGAGGACUGACAGAAAAAUGUUAUCCUUCGACCACGACCAGCUUGAAGGCGCAAGCGGCAUAAGUUCGGAGACUUUCUUCACCGAGAUCCAGAACGUGGAUAGCAUCAGCGAGUAUGGUCCUGAGUUCGGUAACCAUGCUGCAGGCUUCGUCUUUCAUGGCAUAGCGUUACGCCUACUGCGUGACAAUGGCCGAGCCCUUUUCUUGGUACCUCCGAUUCCGAAGAAGGACAACGAACAAGAGGGAGAAGGAGAGCAGGGACGGAGCCACCAGGGAGAGUCUUCUUCCUCUACUAGUAAAAACUAUGCAGGAGCUCUAGACGUGCUGGCCAAGGCGGAGAGCCGUUUUCGGGUAGAAGGUAGUUUGUCGAAAGUCGCUAGAGCGGAUCAUGCGAGGAGGACUAAACAUCAAGGCAAUCAUGGUACAACGAGCAAAUCUAACGAUCGCAGCAACAACACAGGAGUUGGAGGCGUUGUUGUUCCACCACCACAGCCACUUAGUGGAAAGAACUACGAUCGUGGCAGAGCUGGAGGAGCACCUCCAGCAGGCUCUUUUAUUGUUCAGGAGCAAUUUGGUGGUAGUUCAUCGUCGACAUCAGCGCGAGCCAAAGUUGCCUCAGAAGCAAAAGCUUCUUUGCUCAAGGUGUUCAGUCCUUCAGUGUUCAGUACGCCACCAUCUGCAAAAUGUGGAGACAUGGAGGUCCAAGACGGUCAGGGCAAGAUACUGAGGAGAGGCUUCGCGUUAGGCGCCGACUUCGCGGAGAGCGUUGGGCCGGGUGCACGGCGAGAUCCUGUCGAUCGAGAUCCUGUUGAUCGGGCAGGAGGAGAAGUAGAACAACUGCAGCGUGGCGGUGGAGGAGACAACAACGUACUGGAAGGAGAUCCUGCUCUACUAGAGCCUGUUCCUUUCGGUGAGUUGUUUUCGAAGUGUCCUACUGCGAUUAUGGAGACGCUCAUGAUAACAUCAGAGAGUGAGAAUCUUGCGUCGACGACAACCACUGUACCGUCACCGUGUGAUAUGGAGGCAAUUCAAGUGGCGGCACGACUAGGAGACUUGCUAUGUUUGACGAUUGGCGACUGUUGCGGAUCGAAGAUUUCUGAAGAAAUACGCUCAGCACUAGCAGGAGCGAUCAAAAAGUUGGAGGAUGAGGUAAGUAGCUUUAGAUAAGUUUGAGUUUCGUGUACUUAUGAAUGUUUUAUAUAUUUUACACUUACUUCCCUAAUCCCUAUAUAAUCUCACGUAGCCGAUCCCUAUAUAAUCUCAGGUAUACCUACGCGUAAUAUUAGAAUGAUUGUAUUUGAAAAUGACGAUUCUCUUGUAUAGUGAAUACUAUACUCGUACCCUUGCGAUAGCAGUAUUACUACUGCAGUAACAAGUUCGGAGUUCUAGGCUCAGAAAGAUUUUGUUCGUUUGAGAAGAUAUUGCGUCCUUUGGUCUUCCACGGUCCACCUCAUUAUCCCCCUCACUUCCCUAAUCCCUAUAUAAUCUCAGGUAGCCGCCGCUCAGCGUGGCCAUCAGAAUGGUGUAUUAGAGGCCGUCCCCUCUCCUGGACCGAGACCGACAACUUGUCAAGAUCCUGGAAUGCAAGCUGCGCCUUCACUGAAUCCGGGAGUUUUAGAGCUAAUUGACGAUGACGAAGAUAGCGAUUUAGAUGACCUUGAUGGAGACGUCUGCCGCAAACUAAACUUCGAGGCGCUGCCGACUCCGAAAUCCGAAAGAGGGCCUGGAGACCAUGAUAUAAUGAUGCAGAGCACGCGGAAUAGUGGUUAUGUUGGGUUGAAACAUUUCAUUUCUAGAAGUCAUUUUUCAGUGUUUCCUCCUCAAGAAGGUGAGAAGAUGGAGGCAAGAAAUGAAUUGCUUCAACCUUCAAAGUGGAGUGUCAGCUUCCGUAGCAAAAAUGCAUGUUGAGUCUCGAGGUGGGUUGUUGUCUCAACUCUCUCAGAAACGGGAUAGCUGCUACGGACAGAUUUUCGAGGACGAUUCAGUGCUAGGACCGCGAGCACAAAGUGCGGCACGGAGUGGGCUAAGAGGGAUCGCGAGUAGGGCGAGAGGUGUAAAAGUUAUGGAGACGAUAUAACUGUAAGUGCUUAGGAGGUAGAGAAAUAUUUACAGGUACAACAACUCUUUAACCUCGAUAAAAAGACGGAAAUAAAUGGAAUAUAUACCCCUUUGUUCCCUUUUCGAGGUGUGCUGCAAAUCUUGAUUGGCUUUCACCCUUUGGUGAAGGUUUAGGCCCUGCGGCGCUCAAAGCACUCAGUAAAGCAACCGGUUAGUUUUCACCUCGAUCACAAUAGUAGACUUAUCCCGUGCAACAAUAUAAGUAAUAAUUCAAAUAAGAAAAACUUGAAUUUCUCGUGUAAUCAGGAUUGUCUAGUAGAGUCGUGCUCUGUUCGAGUCCAACCACGUCCUCUAAAGAACCCUGCGACGAGCACGGAAAGCUGUUGACGAUGCUAGAACCUGGCGCUCAGACAUCGACUUUGCCGCGUUACGAGCUCGUUCGUGCUAAGCGUAGUGCAGCUGUCCUUCCUGUGCCACUGCAACUACAUGAGAGCAGUAGUACUACUUCUUCUUUGGUCAAUGUCGCACGCUUCGGAAAUUGCAUCAGCAAGACCUUGCUCGAUAGAGCUCGGAUGGUUGCAGACACUGAAAAGGAGGUCAUAUUAAAUGAAGAUGGAGAACAAGAGCAAGUGUACGUUGAGGAUGUGUUGUCUUUUUUACCGACGUUUGAGACAAAACGAAGUACUGCUGAUCCUACUAGUGGUACACCAGCUUCGGAACAACAAGAACAACAUCAACUUCAAGCGUUGAGCAUCAAGCUGAAGCAAUUGCGAUUGUACACUGCGCUGAAACAGUGGCUAAGCACUCCAGCAGCAGCAGAAGCAGUAAAUGCUGCAGUUUUGGACGAAAUUUUCGCGUUUUUUCUCUACGUGCUCGAAAAGUACGGCUCAGUUGCGAACCUUCACUUGGUGCAGAAACUAGGACAAUUCUUUGACAACAACAAAAGCCGCGGGUCUUCAAGGACUACAAGUAGCGGUUUUUCAUCUUUCACAUCCGCCGCGUUUUUCCUAGAGCGAUGGCUCGAACUGUGCUUUUUUGCCGCCAUGGACCAACAUGGAGAAGGCCCCCACAAUCUUCAGGUCUCACGUGCCGACUUUAUGUCUUUACAAGUGAGCCAAGAGCACCAAUGUCGAAUUCUGCAUUCCUUACUAGCUGAAAGAGUGCUACCGGACUUAGCUUCGAAAGAGGGGAAAACUUCUUGGGGUGAGAAUGUAUUUUUCUCGACCGUUUUAGAAAGGGUGGUGUUUGGGCUAGUGGAUGACACAACACGGGUGGUUUCGUCGGAGAUAUUGAGCAAGUUGGACGAACGGUCUCAUGUCGUGCGCUAUUUGGCGGAGUUGUUGUUGAGUUAUGGGUUUUUGCGAAACAAAGGUGGUUUUCAAUCGUCGACUAGUUGUAUUAUAAUUUCUUUUUCUGGAGCAAACAAGCUACAUUUUCUGGACCCCAGAGCAAGCUACAUCGUUUUCUUGCUGUUGCCGUUCUAGUAGCUGGUGAUAUACUAGUUCUUCUCCUGGGAUGUCCCCACAUCAUCAUCCAAUCUCUAACAUUCAGAGCUGUUCACCGUAGAAGACGGCGUUUGUGUCUACUCCCUUCUCGCUAUGGAGUGCCUGAAGCUGUGUCAACCUUUAGCUGAACUCGCGCUACCUGCAUUAGUGGAUAUGGUCACUACUGGAAGGACCCCGCAUUCUUCGAAUAGUGGCUAUUCUUCUACAACUAGUUCCACCACAUCACGUAGUACUAGUACAGGCCCUACCUCCACACUAGAGCUAGACCUAGAGCAACGCGGAUUAGCACUAGAUAUGAUCGGAAACUUAAUGCUGGUUUUUGGGGAGACGCAGGCAGAUAACUGGAGAAGCGUAGAUGAAGAUGAAGAUGAAAUGCACGUGGGGGAGAAGAUCGGAGGCAAGAAGAAUCUCCUAGGAGAUGAACCAGGUGGGCUACUAGCUGGAGAAGACCUCUUGGGUGAAGAGGAUCCUUUGCUAGCACCACAAAGGAAGAAAAGAAAGAACAAUGAUCAUGGAGCCGCUACAUCUUCUUCAGCCUUUUUUGGAGGUAUGAUGCUGUCUUCGGAUGGGAAAAAUUUCCCUGUGUCGUCUGAUGAAAAACCAUUUCGUGCUGGGCAAGUUCAAGAAGCAGAUGGGAACAAGAGGAGCACAACCAUUACUGGCCAUUCUUCUUCCUCUAGGAGAGCUGCAGCAGAGAGGACGAGGCAUCUGUUCCUCACCAUGGCCAAACUACUCUUUGAUGCUGCUGCAUGGACUGAUAUAGAAGACGGAAAAAUCGCUAUUCGAGCUGCAAGUUUUUUACCGAAACUAGUUUUGACGCCAUUCUAUCCUGUAGUGAAAGACUUUGUUGUUGUAAAGGCCAAAGGGACCAUUGGCAACGGUAAUAUUAAGGGGAGUCUUCCUAUAUUACCUGGUGCCGGCACUACACAGUACGGAGGCAGUUCUUCAUCUACUUCGAACCACCAUGCUUCCUCUUCCCAUCUUGCUCAGCUAGGUGCCGCGAUGGGACUCAUUGGACAAACUGCAUCAAGCAGUACCAAGAUUAACCUCCAGGAUCAUCAGAAGUCUUCUACCAUUACCACAAGCAGUAACCAGAACGAGCAUAAGACAAAGACCCUGGACAAGUUGGUGUGGGAGCGCAUGCAUGGUUUAUUGUGUGAUAACAGUGAUACUCUACGAAUCGCAGGUCUACAACAGUUGCUAGCCUGCGUCACCGGAAUCGCAGAAAGAGUCGACGAUUUUGAAGUAGAAGCCUUAGCCGCUAUGGACCAGAUGGAGGAAGACCACAAUGCUCGGCUAGGCUUUGGUGGUUGUGGAGGAGUUGGUGGUGGUGUACUAGGACUGACUAAGAUGAAACACAGAAGCUCAGGGAAAAGGCCGGCAAAGGUUAAUAGUGCAUCUGCGACGGUUACUACAUCGAGAACACAUGCUAGAAGUGCUGAUGGAGACGGUAAUGGAGAGAAGAACACUGGGCAACAUCGAAAUCCGUUUUUGGAUUACCUACUGGAUAAUGCCAGUGCAAUACCUUCCUCCACUUCCUCCACAACGGCAGUAGCUUCCUCGGCAUCUUCUUCAACCCAGCAGACGUAUUGUCAGAAGCUUCUUGAUCGGGAACGCUUCCGGUUAGGUGGCGCGGUUCUGCUUGAUACGAUCCCUGUCUUAGUUCUACGUCGUUGCCUCAAUCGCUUGAUGGAUAAGAAACGGCCGGUGCGGAAGCUCGGUCUCCACUUUGCCCACGCUCUUCUCAAGUCGCGCUUGUUGCCUGCUUCUUUGCGCACACUUUUCCUCGAGAACUGUUUCAGCCUAUUUGUGCACAUGCGUGACAGCAGUGAAUUACCUGAAGUGGACCGCCUAUUACUGGAUGUCGAAACCUGUCCGAACGCCUUAGCAUUUUUGCUCCCUGGGUUCUUGCAAUUGUCAAGCUUGGAUGGGUUUGUCGCGUACUGGAAACGGAAAAAACACUUUCGAGAUGAGGUAGCUCAUGUUUUGACCAACUUGGAGAAAGACGGAUGGUGCGUGGAGGAGAGGCGACGGAGUACAAUUUUCAGAUUCUUUGUUUCUUUUACGGUCAAGGAUAGUUGUGAAUAGUUGGCAUCACACAUUUUUGUGAUAGAUAAGAAACUUAGCAACAUCAUCGGAGUCGAAGAUGCUUAUCUAUGAGAUUUAUCACACAGUCACGUAACCAACGACUCAUCCCACUCAUGACAGCCGAAUACAUGCGGCAAACGUACCAUCGAGAAACGUUUAAAGCCUUAUCGCAAUUCCUUGGUCCCGCUGGCUGCUCCAUGCAGCCUCUGGUUGGCACGUGUCAAGACUGUCUCGCUGGCCGUCAAAGCUGGGAAAGUGUAAGCCGUAGCUCCAGCUUUCACGAGCAAGUGGAGGCAGUCUUCGUUGCUUGUGUGCAACGAUGGGCUAGUCAUGGAACAAAUUCAAAUUCUAGUAGUGCUUCUGCGUCUGCGACGUCGAACAAUGCUCCAAUAAUGAGUGGAUCUACAACCGGUAUCAGAGAACAACGACAACUACCUUUAGAAGGUCUUCUACCUGAAGAAUGCCACGAAGAACACGAUGACCAUACGGCAUUAGUAGCUGCACCUGCUACAACAUCAACUGCAUCUUCGAAACGAGCAAAAACGUUGGCAUCAAAAAACAGCGAGAAGAAAAUGACAGCUUUUUUACGUGUCAUGGAACGCGCUUGUGGAGCCAACAGCUUUGGCGAGAAAAGCGUCUUUCUUAGGGCUGCACAACUGGGGAGCAAAGGUGGAGGAAUGAAAAAUCUACUCGCUGCAGCAGCUCUAGAUCCGGAGGGGGAAGAUCCUUUAGGAGCACCAAAGGACGUCGCUGGAGAUGAGGACGUCGAUAUGGACGAGGACGCUGAAGCUGAUCAUCUGAAUAAAGUCGAUGUGGAGGACAAAAAGGUUGAUGCGCAAAGCCUAUUCGAACGCUUUUUCGCUAUUGCUGAUGGCGCAGGUGGUGCUGGUGGGGCGCAUCAAAAAAUUGUCAAGAAUAGAAACGACAGGUCUAGUUCAACAAAUAUGAACGUUGUUCUUCAGCAGAUUGGACGAGGGUCUGGACCUCCGGGAGCGACUUCAUCUUCUAGCUCAUCGACUACAUGGAUGAAGGCCAAUAGCUGCAGUACUGCAACAGCAACGACAAUAAAUGGAGGUUUUUCUGCUUCUGGUUCUGCUACUGGCUCAAUCAUAUUGCGCGAUCUCCUUCUAUUCCUAGGCAGCGGAGGACAGUCUGACUGUACCAUGGUCGACUUUUCAGGUGUUGCACCGGAGAGAGCUGUUGGGUUUUUGGACUUGCUGAGUCGGUUGGCGCCGCAGUCUUUGGCGAAGCACGCCACUCUCUUAAUCGACCGCAGCAGUCUGCAAUUAGACCAAACGAUGCCAAUCCUAGGACGCAUAGGGUCCUACUGCUCACGCCUUUCAGAGGUCGAGAACUACAACCUCGUACGCCCUACGUCAUCCACAGCUGGUGCGAGUGCAGGAGGUGGGAACGAGAAGUUGUACAAGAGUGCCGCCACCACAUCGUCUCACAACUACGGCAUUCGGUCCUCCUCCUCUGCGUCGUCCAAUUUUUCUGGUUCCUUGCAGCACGCACAUGUGGAGAAACUCCUGCCAGUUUUGAAAACACGUCCAGACUUCGUGUGCAAAUUGUUGAAAUCGGUGAAGGGACUGUGCAAUCGAGAGCUUUUUGAUGGCGUGUUGCGAAGUAUUCUGAACUAUGUCCGACACCGAUCUUCAGGGACUACUGGAAAAAGCGGGAAAACUUCAUCUUCAUCUGUUAAGGCUUCCAGUCUAAUUCAUCUUAUCGAGAAGCAUCUUGUUUGGUUCCCUUGUUUUCUUCGAGGGAAAGAAAACACGCGAAAAGGGCUUUUGUUUCAAUCAAGAUGAAUAUUUAUAAGUAACAGCUCGUAAAGACUCUAAUUCAGCUCAUGAGCUAGCUCGAAGUGCAAAUCACCGGGUGACGAUGGCGACGAAACUGAUCAAGUUUCUGCGGUCUCAACAAGCUCCACGAGGCCUGUAUUUGCGAGCAAACUCUUUGUUAAGAAGCGUCUUAGAAGAAUCAUGAUAGCUAUCUCAUCAACUGCCCUCCUUGACUUGUUUUCCGUUAAUAUAGGAAAGGGGUCAAGUCGUGGGAUGAUCUGAAGAAUGCAAUGUCGAGGAAGCCUCUAACUUUGUCAAAUGGCGGGAACAGAGGCACGACUAGAUGGAAUGGUAGUUCAACAACAUCGCAUGGAGGUGGAGGAAGAGGAGUAAGUAGUUUUGCUAGUGGCGGCACACUGCAAGGUCAAGAAAGGGGAACGUCGAUGAUGAGUCGUGGAGUUGGCAGCGCAGUCGGGGGAAAGAUAGCUGGCUUGACGAAUGUUAGUUUCGAACAAGAGAGUUCGAGGAUGAUUAUCGACCACCAGCAGGUAGCGGCAGGGGGCAAAAUAUUAAAUGAAGCAACUUGUAGUUCUACUUCUACAAAUGCCAUCUACAACUGGAAGAAGUAUCGCGACGUUUGGAAUGACAUUGUCUCGUCUUGUUGUACAACCAGUGGCUCAACAACAAGUAGUACGACGUCGUCUUCGUCCAAUAGUGCGGUGCUGCAACAGCUUUUGUUUUUCGCUCAAAUGGGUGACGUUGCGCGACUGUCAGUGGCCUUGCAGAGGGAGCGCGACCAGAGUGAGAAACUUCUCAUCGCGAAGAUGCCAUGCUCUGGAUCUCAUGGGCCUGCAUCUAGUAAAACAGGAUCCUCUAUAUCUACUACGUCAAACGUUCGUGGCACUAAUACUUCUACUAGUAGAGGCUGCUCAACAACCUUGAUGCCCUCUUCCUCAAGCACGAACAAGAAAGUAUCUGUCUUCCGAGCAGCCUUUGCAGCUCUGUGCUGUGCAAAUCAGCCGGGACCAGAGACGAAUGGGACGAAUGCAGCUUCCUCUUUGGUGGCCCAGGACGAUCAGAGUCCAUCUACAGGAACAGCCGAUGAUGGUCCUGUGAUCGAUGAAUUCUGCAAGCUCACAGCGACGUUUACAGGAGACGAAGAGAAACUGGUUGCAAACAUCGUGGGACUUUUUUCCAAGUACCUCACGCCUGCCUAUUCCACAGUGACAGAGGAGUUGAUCGUGGACGAAUUUUUGUGGUUUUCCACCAAAUUGUCGCGAUACCAUGCCACUCUUGUCCUACCAAAGAUGGUUGUUCUACAGACAGCGCUGGCUUGUUUCGUCAGUGCCAGUAUUAGUGGAACAACGACAUCUGGAUCAUCUGGUGGCAACAUCAUCAACUUCAACAACACGACCUCUUCAACAACACUCCUGUCUUCUACCACUACAGCAGGACCUUCAAAAACAACAGGAAAGGGAAGCACAACGACGACAAGUACGAACGUUCAAAGUACCCUUCAAACUGUUGUUGUCUCAGCUCAGGUGUCGUCGAGAGCUUCAGGGACACGUCAGUCGGCAUUGAAACGCAUACAAGAAGCUCAACUUGGAGUGCUCUUUCGUGCACUGGCUCUCGUCUCCGCACCUGAAGCCAAGACCACUCUGCUCUCCAGAAUCGCUAUAGUUAAGGCAUGGAAUGGAAUCCAGUGAUAGAAGUAGACUUCAUGGAAUGGAAUGCCGUUAAAUAUCGCGAAAACGUUUAUAGAUGAAUUUAAUUGUUCUGUUUUUAGGUACAGUGUCUAACAAACUAUGCAGCAAAACGAAGAUCUUAAUAAUUGAUCGUGCCAUAUAGAUACUUGGUUUUUUUUUGAAUUCUGCUUUCUUACUCUAACAUCCGUGUCUUGGGUCUCUACGGUUCCUCGAUUGUGGAUACCGAAAACGUGGCUGCAACGGAGAGCUUCCUACAGGUUUUGGUGCCGAUCUUCGCAAGAUUUCACUGGCCAAAAAAACAAUUGGUCCAUUGCCUCGACUACCUGCGUGAACGCCGUAGACACCGCGCAAAGGAGCAUGAAUUCGUUAAAAGGGUACUAGAAGGGAUCUUCGUGUAA